UUUUUUUUUUUCAUAUUAUUAUUUCAUAUUCAAAGAAUGCAUUGUUAAUUGCUUAAAAUAGCUACACAAAUUUUUUUUUGGUUGCUUUUUGACCUUGAAACAGAACCCUGUUUAUGGCUUCAAGGACUUUCCUUUGCUUCCACCAUGGAAAACUCUUACUGCCCUUUACGACCACCAAGUUUAUUCCUUCUUCUAAAAGAAGCUUGUCUUCCAUAAGCUGUAGCCUAAACACUUCGCAGCAUAUUCUUGAAUCAAAAUCUCAACUGGGUAGUCCCACAAAUGUUGUUAAAAUUCUUGAAGAAAGAGGAUUGCUAGAAUCCAUAACCAAUGAGAAUCUCAGGUUGGCUUGUUCAGACCAAACUGCUGGUCCUCUUAAAGUUUACUGUGGUUUUGACCCAACUGCUGAGAGCUUACAUUUGGGAAACCUUUUGGGGCUCAUUGUACUUUCUUGGUUCCAAAGAUGUGGUCAUAAAGCUGUUGCCUUGAUUGGUGGUGCUACUGGUAGAAUUGGUGACCCUUCAGGAAAAAGCCAAGAAAGACCCGAACUUGAUUUGAAAACAUUGGAAAAAAACAUUGUUGGAAUUAUGGAUACUAUAAAUCGGAUUCUAGGUAAAAAUUUAGAUAUCGGUUCUCAAAAAAACUCAAACUUUGUGAUUUUAAAUAAUUAUGAUUGGUGGAAAGAGGUUAGGUUGCUUGAUUUUCUUAAACAAGUCGGUAGAUAUGCGAGGGUGGGGAGUAUGAUGAGUAAGGAGAGUGUUAAGAAGAGGUUGGAAUCAGAACAAGGAAUGAGCUAUACUGAGUUUACUUAUCAGUUGUUACAAGGUCAUGAUUUUUUAUACCUUUUUAAGAAUGAAGGUGUUAGUGUUCAAAUUGGUGGGAGUGAUCAGUGGGGUAAUAUUACUGCUGGCACUGAAUUGAUAAGGAAAAUUUUACAAGCAGAAGGAGCUUAUGGGUUAACAUUCCCUCUUUUGUUGAAGAGUGAUGGCACUAAGUUUGGGAAAUCAGAGGAUGGUGCAAUUUGGCUUUCACCUUCUAUGCUGUCUCCAUAUAAGUUUUACCAGUAUUUCUUCUCUGUUCCAGAUGCAGAUGUGGUGAGGUUUCUUAAAAUUCUUACUUUCUUGAACAUGGAAGAGAUAAAGGAGCUGGAGAGUUCAAUGACAAGACCAGGCUAUGUGCCUAAUACAGUCCAGCGGAGACUUGCUGAGGAAAUUACUCGUUUUGUUCAUGGUGAAGAUGGUUUGAAUGAAGCUCUUAAGGCAACUGAAGCAUUGAGGCCAGGAUCAGAGACAAAAUUGGAUUGGAAAACCAUUGAAGGGAUUGCUGAGGACGUUCCAUCUUGCUCCUUGCCUUACAAUCAAGUGUUGAAUCUUUCGAUUGUUGAUCUUUCUGUCUCUUCUGGUUUGUUUGAGAGCAAAUCAGCUGCCCGUCGUCUAUUGAAGCAAGGAGGUCUCUACUUGAACAACAAUAAAGUAGAUAAUGAAAGUAAAAGAAUAGAGGCCGAAGACAUUGUGGAUGGCAAAGUUCUUCUUUUAUCUGCUAGCAAGAAGAACAAGGUGGUUGUGAGAAUGUCUUGACUGGUUGUAGUGGUACUUGAUUCUAGUAUGUUAAACAAAGUUUUGGAUUUAAUGAUAUAUUAACAAAAGAAAGGUAAUAUUUUCGCAUAAGGUGAUUCUCAUAUCAGUUGCAAAAGUAUUUAUUGUUAGCCUUUGGACAUGGUCUUUUUUUGUAUACUUCAUUUCUUUUCUUUGUCUUGUUUACAAAUUUAUAUCCUUUGAUUUUUUGGGCAAGGAAUGGCCAGGUUUUCAAUUUUGCUAUCUGCCAUCACUAGUUGUUGAAAAUACACUUGCUAUUAAAUUGUAAAAUAUGAUAUGAUAUACAGAUGGCUAAACAUAAUGGUCUUAGCAUGCAUGUUAUAAACUAUGAAAUGCCACAUUCUUUUCAAGUGUGUAUAUACUAUGCAACUGCUAAGUACUGGGAGAGGGGCCUUUGCCAUUGCCUGUAGAGUAGAUAAUGAAAGUAAAAGAAUAGAGGCCAAAGACAUUGUGGAUGGCAAAGUUCUUCUUUUAUCUGCUAGCAAGAAGAACAAGGUGGUUGUGAGAAUGUCUUGACUGGUUGUAGUGGUACUUGAUUCUAGUAUGUUAAACAAAGUUUUGGAUUUAAUGAUAUAUUAACAAAAGAAAGGUAAUAUUUUCGCAUAAGGUGAUUCUCAUAUCAGUUGCAAAAGUAUUUAUUGUUAGCCUUUGGACAUGGUCUUUUUUUGUAUACUUCAUUUCUUUUCUUUGUCUUGUUUACAAAUUUAUAUCCUUUGAUUUUUUGGGCAAGGAAUGGCCAGGUUUUCAAUUUUGCUAUCUGCCAUCACUAGUUGUUGAAAAUACACUUGCUAUUAAAUUGUAAAAUAUGAUAUGAUAUACGGAUGGCUAAACAUAACGGUCUUAGCAUGCAUGUUAUAAACUAUGAAAUGCCACAUUCUUUUCAAGUGUGUAUAUCCCAUGCAAAUGCUUAGUACUGGGAGAGGGGCCUCUGCCAUUGCCUGUAGCUGUGAAAAACAGUGUAAAAAUCUAAGAACCUUUAGGGCUAAUACCUACGCAGGAAGCAUGGAAAAAUGCUGAUAUCCUUGUGCAUAAAGUUUAUGCUUUUGGCAGGUUGUUUGGCAUUGAAUUCUGAAAGUUAAGGGUCACUUAAAAACCUCAAUAUUAUUUUGUGGACAUGCCUGGAACCUGGAGCAUUGCCAUUCUUGUUUCAAAUUGGUUUGAUGUGCAGAUCCUCACAGGAGAACUAUGUAUUUUACUUUAUCUAACGCUAUGCUUUAUGGUAACCUGUUCUGAGCACUUUAGGCUGCUCGAAGUUUGACACUGAGAGCCCUUGACUAUCUCAAAUGGUGUAAGGCAAGUUCUUGAUGUUAUUGUUUCUUUUUAUUGCCAUCUUCAUUGAAAGGGCAGUAUAAAAUGAGCAUCAUCAUAGUUCUACUGAUAAUUGAAGUGCUAUGAUCUACAAAAAUAUGAAUGCAUUGACUUUGAGCAUGCAGUUUGAAAUAAAUAUUUAAAAAUUUUAGAAACUGGUAUUCAAAUGGUUAUAGAUAUGACAACUCUUUGCUAGGAUGAAACUAAAUGAUUGGACCAGAUCUAAUUUCUGAGUUCUUACUAUUCCCUGGUGUAUAGCUUAUUAGUAUAUAUUGCUGUUUGUGAAAUAUACAAAAUUUCACUCUGGGAUUCUCAAUUUUUCAUCAGAGUUGUCUCCAAAUAUUGGACCUAUGCAUUGGUGGCAAAGUGGAUAGAUCUUUUGAUUUUGCAACUUAAUUCAGAGUGUCCAUUUCUUGCUCAAAAGAUGAUGAUUUUGUGUACUGAUCUAACAGUAAAUUGAAGUUACUGAGCUAGGUAUCCAGAAGAUCUUCAAUCCAAAUAAGCAUGGGAAUUAAAAGAAAAAAAAAAGGAGAGAUUAAGAACUUAGAUGAACAUGCAGAAUGACAGCAUUUGUUCCUUUCUUAUAAGGUAAGUAAUGAGGUUUACACGUUUGUGUAAGUGUCUAUAUUUUGGAUUUCUACAAGAUUCAAUAAUAGCAUGUAUAAUGUACCAUAACUCAUCAGAGUGACUAACUUCAUUGCUCCUGCAAGAUUUAUUUGUUAUUCUAAAAACGGAAUGCAUACUUUCUUGGAGCAUUUCCCAUCAAAUGUUGCAUUAUGACUGCUAGAAUCAACUGAUUCCAUCCUUAAUCAUGUUGUACUCUCAUGUAGUCAAUAUAAGAUUUUCCCUGCAGCUUACGAGCAAAUAGGCCUUUGUAGUAUUGUUUAACUUGUACUCUCCUAAAUAUUGCUGGUGUUUGUUAUGAGAUCAAGCUUCACACAGGGCCCAUUUUGCCAUCUCACCUUGGGCUGCAGAAUGUGGCAAAUGAGAGCCUUUCUCUUUUGGAGUUAACUGUGGCACGAUGUUCAAUGCUAUGAUACAUUCCAUUUGUUAUAAUCUGCCAUAUAAGAGUUCAGAUAAGCAAUACACACACACACACACAGACUUAUGGUUGGUAUUAGAAACUUAUUAUAGAGUUGAUACUGGCUCAGUUGAUGAUGACCUUGGAAAUUUUAUGAUAUAUUUGGAGGUAAAAUGCUACUGCAUUGUAAAGUCUUAACACUUCCAUGAUAAUUAUAUUACCUCUAAAAUGUCUGCAAUGUUGACAAUGAAGGCAUUUGGUAGGGGUUUAACAGGAACCCACUUCCCAUCUUUCCUUAUGUGGAGACCUCCUACUUCAUUGACCUGAAGCAAAAUUAUUAAAGCUGAAGCAUCAGAUUGAGGGGUGAGGCCAAUGACAUGCUCAAGUAGAUGACAUGGUAGGGUAAUAGUUCACUGUUCACCCUCAUUAAUUGCCUUCCCUGUCGACCAAAGAACUCCACUUCCUCAGGUUUAAUAUGAAGAGCUUGUGCCAUCUUUGCUAGGAUAGCCAUGGAUAGAUUCUUUAACUUAGAUGAGUUAAGAUCCAUUGUCUCUCUACAGUAGGAAAAUUCAAGUUAAAGCCCGUUAGGCAAAAUGCUUGCAUUGUCACGCAAAGGAAUGUAGAGGAGAGUACCUCAAAGGAAGAGGGAGCUUGGGGAACAAGUAAGGUUUCCUAAAAUGAAGUGGAGUGAUGAUGUAGAUGAUAUCACCCCAGUCGAGCUUUUGAUCAUCAGAUGCUAACAAGGGCUUGUCCAAAUCCUUCAACUUUUCCAGGAUACUGCCAGAACUUUUUCUUAUCUUCCAUUGGAAGGUUGAAGAAGUCCUGAAUCUGUGUCUACUUUCUCCAACAAAGUUAAGCUCACUCCAUGAUUUACUAGCUGCAGGAAUUUCAACAAAUUAAACAUCAACGGUGAUAACAAGAUGGGAGUUAAUAUACCCAG